CCUGAAUUUAGCUUAGCCUAGCAUGGUACAUCACAACUGUGUUGUACAGGAAGGUCGAUAGGAGGACGAAACUGAAGGCUUUGUCAUUGGACACUGUCUGACCGAACCAUAUGUUAUAGACAAGAAGAUACAGGAAAGCGUAGACACUGUGCAGUGGUGGAAAGACCACUGCCCUUAAUUUUGAGUCGGACGCUAGGUUUAGAUUGUUAGCUUUCAUUUAAUUUUCUAAGUUAGUUAGCUAGGUGUCGACGUUAGCUGCCAUGGCACUGAUGAGAGCCUCUUACCACCGGAUCCUGGACAAGAUCGAACAUGUGUUACCGGCUAAACUGAGACCACUCUACAACCAUCCGGCAGGUCCAAAGACGGUAUUCUUCUGGGCCCCAAUGUUCAAAUGGGGCCUUGUUGCGGCUGGGUUUGCUGAUAUGACCCGACCUGCCGAGAAACUGAGUCUACCCCAGUCUGCAGUGUUGACAGCCACAGGACUUGUUUGGUCCAGGUACUCCUUGGUCAUCAUACCCAAGAACUGGAACCUAUUUUGUGUCAACUUCUUUCUUGGCGGUUGCGGAUCCUCCCAGCUGUACAGAAUAUUUAAGUACAAACAAGAACAAAAAGCAAAAGCUGUUGAAGCUUGAAGACGAGAACCUGACAAGUCUGUUCCCUUGGAUCGAAAGGGAGUCCAGCACCUCUCCUUUAAACACUCAUCAUCCGCAUCAGAUAUCCACCAACCACUCCAUUCCUCAAGUUAGAUUCGUCCUGGAGAAAGGGGACACCAAAAGAGCUCAUCUGUAUUUUUUUUUUUUCUUUGACCUUAGCACCAGAGAUCAUGUUAUCCUAAUUGUAAAAGCCAAGUGGCAUACUCCUUCACCAACACACACCUGUUAAAAAUGUAUUGUCCUCAACGCACAACAUUUUGACACUUUUUAAAACGUAACUUAAUACAUUGACAUGUUUUAUGACUGUAUAUUCUUAAAUUAAUUUACCAUAUAUCAUGUACUUGAGGGAAGUGUUAGUUUCCCGCGAUCUGUUCGCAUUGCAUUCUAACAUGGCAUAGUGCAAAGAUUCAUCCGAAGCUUGAAGUUGGGGAGUUGUGGAAUGCUGAUUUCUGGAAUGUCUCCAAAUACAUUUUAGUCUCAGUCAUCCGUGGACUUAAGGGAGUAUUCAUGGUUUUCCAUGAUCAGUUACAGAACUUCUAAUAGGGUAUAGUGAUGUUAGAACAAUUCCUCGGAAGCUCAAGGCUUGACAGCCGCUGAAUGCUAUUUUAAAGAAUGUCUCCAAAUAAAUUUGAAAAAGUG